GGGGGUGGGGAAGCAAGGGGGGACCCCGACACCCGCCCGGCCGCCUGGGAAGGCCCGUGCUCCCCGCCCGGCUGCCUGGGUCCUUCUGGGGGGAGCGGGACCCCCCCGUCCCCCGUCCCCCGGGUGUCCCCGAACGGGCAGAGGGGCUGCCGGGACCCCACCCCGGGGCAGGGGGGGGGAGAAAAGGGGGUGCAGGGCCGACCCCCCACCUCGACGCCUGGCUCCCAGCCGGCCCCCGGAGCAGCACCCGCCGGGCGCCCCGAGACCGAUGGGUGCCGGCCCCGCGCCCGCCCCGACAUGGAGGUGAGGGGCCACAUCAUCCCCCCGGGCACCUACAGCCCCGCAGGGGCGCCCGCCGGGCGGCUGCAGGAGCUGCGGGAGCGGCAGCGGGGGCUACGCCAGGCCCUGGGGCUGCGGCUGCGGGAGCUGCGGCGCCUCUGCCUGCAGGAGGCCGAGCUGACGGGGAAGCUGCCCCCCGAGUACCCCCUGGAACCCGGCGAGAGGCCGCAGCCCCCCCCGCGCCGCCGGGCCGGGGGUCCCCCCCGCGGAGCCCUCCCUGAGGCGACGCGGGCGGCUCGGCGGGAGGUGGCGGUUCAGCUACAGGUUGUUGAAGCCGCCCGACGACUGGCGGCUGCCCCUGGGCUGCCCCCCGAACAACGCCGCCGCCGCCAGCGCCUGCAGGCCGAAGCGGCCCAACGGCUCCGGCAGCUCCGGGCCCAGCUCGGGGCCGCCGCUCACGAUCAGAACGGGUCCCUCUGCGACCUGCCCGCGCUGGAGAACGGGGCCCUGCCGAAGCCCCCCCAGAGCGGAACCGGUCGCCCAUCGCCCCCCCGGGCCGGAUCCGGCAGCCCUGACCGCCGGCCGCCCUGGGGCCCCGACACCCCCGGCCGCCGCAGCUCCCUCGCCAGCCCCGCCAGCCCGGCACGGACCCUGCCCCGCAGCGCUUCCAGCUUCGAGGGCCGCAGCGUCCCGGCCACCCCCGUCCUGGCCCGCAGCCCCUGUGGGCGCGGGCACCCCCUCUGCCGUCCCGAGGUGCCGGGGCUGCCCCCCCGGCCCUGGUCGGGCAGCCAAGACUCGCAGUUGGGGGGGACCCCGGCGCCCGGCCCCCCGCCGUCGGCUCCCCGUACCCGUCGCAGCAACAGCUCGGAAGCCUUGAUCGACUGGGGGGGCCCCCCCGAAAACCUCCCCGAUUCCGCCCGGGGUCGGGGGGGCCCCCCCUCGGCUGAGCAACGUCGCAGCCAGAAGUGGCUGGCGCUGGAGGGGCUGCGGGACUGGUACCUGCGGCACACGGGGGCCCCCCCGGCCGCCCCCCCCGGCCCCCGCCUGCCACCGCCCCCCCCGGCUCCCGCCUGGGCCCCCCGUCGCCGCGACCCCCCCGGCCUGCCCCACUCGCUCAGCUACGCCGGGGCCCUGGCGCCCAGGUACGGGGCGCCCCGAGUGUACCGCGCACCCCUCUUUUAAGGGGGGGGGAGAGGGGGGGGUGUCGGGGGCGAGCCCCAGCGUGGGGGCGUGACGUCAGCCCCCCCCCUCCCCUCAGGGAGGCUGAAAUCUCCGGGGAGCCCCCCCCGUCCAUUGGGGAUCCCCCUCCCCAUCCUUCAGGGACCCCCAAAUUGGGGACCCCUCACACCCCAAAUGUGCUCCCUUUGCCCCCCUCCCCCCCAAACCUUCCCCUUCACCCCAGCACCCCCCCAGCCCCACAUUUGGGGUCUCCCUGGGGGGGCACCCCCUCCCCAAUUUCCCUCCAAACCCCCGUUCUGGGGCUCCCCCCGCCGCGUCUCCGGCCCUUUCGGGGGGACCUCUCCUGCUCCCCCUCUUUUUUUUUUCCCUCUUUUCUUCACUCGGGGGGGGACACCCCAUCCCCAGGGCUCUGGGGGGGCUCGGGGGGGCAGGGGCCGUGUAUGGGGGGGCUAACUCCUGUUUCUCUUUUCUCUCUCUAUUCUCUCCUUUUCUUGUGUCUUUUCUUUUUCCGUUUCUUUAUUUUUCUCUUUAUUUCCUUUUUUUUUUUUUGACAUUUCUAUUGUUUGCCACCCCAGGGCUUCGGGGGACCCCCCCGUGGCCCCCCCCCCCUCCCACCACGGACCCGCAGCCCCCCGGCACCUUGGUGUGACACCCCCCCCCCCAAACCCCCUGAAUCACUCCAUACCCCCCCCUCCAUCCAAAUUUAGGGGG